GGGCAAAGAGGGGGAGCGCCGCGUGCCCGAUUCUCCGCAGCAAGAUCGCCGGCCGCCAGAUCGCUGCCAGCCGGACCGUCUCCAGCCGGAGCGGCUGUCACGCGACCGCUUGCGAGUCGGGCCGCGGCCGACGGUCUUCGUCGGCGGCCCGAUCCAGCACGCCCUGACGGCCGAGGGCUUCGACGGCGCCUUCCGCCGGCAUAUCGAGGCCGUGCUCGCCGCCUUCGAGGCCGCCGGCUUCACGGUGCUCUCCGCCCACCGCUUCGAGGGCUUCGGCGCGCUCGACACCGACGGGCUGCACCUGGAGGUCACGCAGCGCGACUUCGGCUGGAUGCAGGCCUGCGACUGCUUCGUGGCGCUGCUGCCGGACGGCCGCGACGGUGCGCCGCUGCGCAGCGACGGCACCUGCGUCGAGCUCGGCUGGGCCUCGGCGCUCGGCAAGCCGGUGGUGCUGGUGUUCGACGGCUGGGAGCGCCACAGCCACCUGAUUCGCGGCCUGGGCGCGGUGGCGACCACCCGCGCGGUCGGCUUCCGGGCCAGCCAGGAGGCGCCGGAGCGCAUCGUCGCCGCGGCCCAGGCGCUGCUCGGCCGGCAGACCGCCGCGUUGGCGGCGACCGCGGAGAUCGACGGUCUCUGGCCGGAACACGACGACCAGGACCUGGCCGCGCUGGCCGGCGUGCUGCGCUCCACCCACUGGUGCCGCCUGAAGACCGGGCAGUGGGACGAGGGGCCGACCGGCGCGUUCGAGCGGGCCUUCGCCGACUUCCUGGGCAGCCCGCAUUUCCUGGCGGUGGCCAACGGCACGGUGGCCAUCGAGCUGGCCUUCGCCGCGCUGGGCCUGCGCCCCGGCGACGACGUGCUGGUCCAGGCCGGCACCUACUUCGGCACGGUGACGCCGAUCCUGAAGGCGGGAGGUCGGCCGGUCUUCGUCGAGCUCUCGCCCGAGACGCUCUGCAUCGACCUGGACAACCUCGAGUCCCGCCUGACCGAGCGCAGCGUCGGGGUCAUCGUCGCCCACCUCUCGGGCCUCUGCCCGGACAUGGAGGCCCUGCGCGCGCUGUGCGACCGCCACGGCCUCUGGCUGGUGGAGGACUGCGCCCAGGCCAUCGGCACCACCUGGAAGGGGCGCCGGCUCGGCACCUUCGGCGAGUUCGGCACCUUCAGCUUCCAGCAGGACAAGCCGCUCAACAGCGGCGAGGGCGGCGGCGUGGCCUGCGGCGACGCCCGCCUGUUCGGCGAGCUCUUCGCCCAUCAUCAGGGCUUCUCCGUCCCCGGGGCGCCGGCCUUCGAACGGCAUCGCCUGAGCACCAACGGCCGCAUCUCGGCCUUCCAGGGCGCGCUGCUGGGCAGCCAGAUGAAGAAGCUGGACUCGCAGAUCGCCCGGCGCCUGGCGAUGCGCGAGGCCUUCGCGGCGCUGGCCGAGCCCGACGACGCGUUGGUGCCGGCGCGCCCGCUGCCCGGCGUCGACCGCUGGUCCAUCUACAGCCUGCCGUUCCAUUUCCGCCCGGAGGCGGCGGGCGGGCUGACCCGCGACGACCUGCUGGCGGUGCUGCGCGCCGAGGGCGUGCCGGUCUUCGAGGGGCAUGUCGAGCCGAUCUACCUGCGCCCGCUGUACCGCGACAAUCCCGACCUGCCGCAGCUCAACCCCGGCUGCUCCGUCACCGAGGAGCUGGCGCGCGAGCGCUAUCUCAGCAUCAUGCAGUGGUUCCUGCUGGGUCCCACCGCCUGGGCGGCAGAGGUGGUGCGGGUGGUGCGCGAGGCGGUCGCCCGGGCCGAGGCGGUGCGCGAGGCGCAGGCGACGCUGGUCGCCAGCCUGGCCGAGCUGCCGGCGGCGGCGCGCCGCUUCCAUGAGGCGCCGGUGUGCCCGGAGGUGCGGGCUCUGCGUCGGCGGGCGCGCACGACCCUCGGCCUCCCGCACGGCGCGAUCAUGCUGGUGGCCGGCGGGCAGCCCGGCUUUUGCGGCGGCGGCCUCGGCACUCUGGCGAAGCUGGUCGCCCUGGCCCACUGCCGACGCGUCGAGCCGGCCUGCCGCACGCUCUUCUACCUGGCGGCCUCGGACGCGGCGACCUCGAACGACGAGUUCCACCGGGUGCCGGUGACGCCGGGGCCGCAGCCGCGCAAGCAGGGCCUCAACCGCAAGCACCUGCCCAGCGGCGUGCCGGCGGAUCGCGUCGUCGUGGCGCCGGAGCUCUACGCGGCGGCCCUGGCGCGCAUCGCCGCCGCCUUCGGCGCCAGCGAGGUGCCCGGGUGGCUGCGCGCCGCCUACCUGGACGCCAGGCCGCAGGGCUCCUUGGCGGCGCGCAACAUCGCCGUGCUGCGCGAACUGGCCGAGCGGCUGGGCGUGACGCCCGAUCGUUGGCUGGUCGACCGGGAGACGGAAACCGCGUUGCUCGGGCCCGACCUGCUGGCGCGGCUGCUCGACGGCUGGCCGGCGGCCCAGGUGGCGCUGAACGCCUUGGCCGGAGGCCGGGAGCUUGCGGCGCAGGGGGUCGCGCCCUUCUGGAUCCUGCGCCCCGGGGCCGCCGGGCGGCUGCGCGCGCGCUUCGACGGCCGGCGGCUAUGGCUGGAGGACGGCGCGGCCCUGACUCCCGACGAGCUGACCGCGGCCUUGCGCGCCGGCGCGCUCCAGGUGGCGCUGCGCUCGACCGCCCGGGUGCCGGUGCUGGGGCUCUUCUGCGACGGGCAGGCGGUCGGUCCGGGCUCACGCUACAACGACCUGCUGGAUGCGGCGCGGGCGUCCCUGCCGCUGCCCCUGCCGCCGCGCUGCCGGGUGGCCCCGGCCGAUCUGCCGGCCGGUCUGGGGGCGGCCACCUGCCUCGCCGAGUUCGCCGUCGCCGACCGUCUGGCGGCGUUGCGCCGGCGGUUACGGGAGGAUCCCAUGGACCCGAAAACGUUGGUUUCCAAGGAAGAGAUCGCCGAGCUGAAGGACCUGUUCAAGAGCGCCAGCGAGGGCAACAAGGAGGCCCUGACGACCCUGGCGGCCGAGGCGAUGGAGGCCGCCGCCCUGCGCGUGGUGGUGGCCGAGGCGGCCGAGACGGUGCAGAUUGCCCAGGCCGAGGCGCUGAUGGAGCUGAGCGAGACGCUGCCGCGGGUGGAGCCGGCCGAAGCGGCCGCGGCCAUCCAGCGCAAGCUGCUGCCGGUCACGCUCGCCCAUGCGGUGCGCGAGGUGCCCGUCUAUCGCGACCUCUACGCGGAGGUGCCCUGGCAGGCGGUGCGCGAGCCGGCGGAGCUUUCGGCGCUGCCCUUCACCUCCAAGGCUCUGGUGAUCGAGCGCUGGCGCGCCUUCCUGGCGCCGGGCCACCGCUUGGCCAGCCUGCAGUACACCUCGGGCACCACGGGCGACAGCCUCUUCGUCUGCCGCUCGCAGGAGGAAAGCGACUUCAUCUCCGGCUUCUUCGCCGACCUGCACGAGCCCGGCGGGCGGAUCACCACCUGCCUGAAGUUCGCCGAGGCGAUCCACGGCACGCCGACACGCAUCCCCACGCCGGUCUUCGUGGUCCAGGGCACGCUGUUCGACGACCGCUCGCUGGUCACCAGCCUCAACCUCAUGCGCAAGCUGCAGGCCAACCCCGACGUGGUGCCGCCGGUCGAGGCGAUCGCCGGGACCGACACGGCCCUGCGCGCCUUCACCCAUGUGGCGGAGCGCGAGGCGGGGGACCUCUCCGGCUUCGGGGUCGCGGCGCUGCACACCCACGGCGAUCUGCUGCCGCCCGCCACGCGCCGGCGCCUGGAGCGGGCCUGGGGCGCGGUGCUGAUCGACCGCUACAGCCUGGUCGAGCAGUUCGGCGGUGCCAGCCGUGUGCCGGGCCGCGACCUCUACCUGUUCGAUCCGCACAUCGUGGCGGAGGUGGUGGACCCCGUCUCCGGCGCGCCCUGCACAUCCGGGCGCGGGGUGCUGGUGCUCACCUCGCUCUAUCCCUUCGUCCAGAUGAUGCCGCUGAUCCGCUACUGGACCGGCGACCUGGUGGAGAUCGUCCAGCCGGACCCGCCGACGCCGACCCUGGCGGUGCGGCUGCUGGGGCGGCUGGGCGAGUGCAUCGCCGAUCCCGACGACGGCCGCGUGCUGCUGACUCCGAUGGAGUGGCGCGAGGCGGUGGAGGAGCGCCCGGAGGUCGCCUUCUGGACCCGCCGCCGGCAGUUCGAAACGCCCGGCAUCGUCCGCGCCAUCGGCCGGCCGAUGGUGCGCUUCCGGGUGCGCCCGCGGCCCCGGCCGGGGGCGCCGCUGCGCAUCGUCCUGCAAGCGGGGCUGGAGGACACUGCCGCCCGCCAGUCGGCUCCCGACGGUCUCGCGGCCGGCCUGCGCGAGGCCGUGCUGGCCGAGGCGCCGGAGCUCGACGCCGCCGUCGCCGCCGGGCGGGCCGCGCUCGAGGUCGAGACCCUGGCCGCCACCGCCUGGCAGCCGCCCGUGCCGCCCGCCGGCAGCGUCGCCUGGGAGUACCUGCAGCCGGCCUGA